AUGGCUCCUCCACCUGCCGAGAACGCCAAAAUCACGGAAGCCAACAAACUGGCCAAGUCGGAGCCCGCAAAAGCAGAGAGCAUCUACAAGGACGUUCUGGCAAAGUCGCCUGGUGCCAACCAAGCUGCUCUCCAGAAUUACGAGAAUGCUCUCGUCGGACUGGGAGAACUCUAUCGAGACAACAAGCGGUCGGAAGAUCUAGCGCAGCUGGUAAAGACUAGCAGGUCGACCCUAUCCUCGUUCGCCAAAGCAAAGACAGCAAAACUAGUUCGUCAAUUACUUGACUUCAUCGCAGAGAUUCCCAAUACCUUGGAAUUACAGAUUGCUACCACCAAGUCAUGUAUCGAUUGGGCCAAUUCCGAGAAGCGAUCCUUCCUGCGUCAGAACCUCGAAACACGCCUGGUCAGCCUCUACAUGCAAAAACAGUCCUACUACGAUGCUCUCACUCUGAUUAACGGUCUCCUGCGAGAGUUGAAGAGAUUGGAUGACAAGCUCGUUCUCGUAGAGGUACAAUUGCUGGAAUCAAGAGUAUACCAUGCACUUACGAACCAGGCCAAAGCCAGAGCUGCUUUGACCUCUGCGAGGACAUCUGCUGCCUCCGUUUACACACCUCCGCUAUUACAGGCCGGACUCGACAUGCAGAGUGGAAUGCUGCACGCUGAAGACCAGGACUUCAACACCGCAUUCUCAUACUUUAUCGAAGCUUUGGAAGGAUACCAUAGCCAGGACGACACUCCGCGUGCGACUUCUGCGUUACAAUACAUGCUUCUAUGCAAAAUCAUGCUGAACCUUGGAGAUGAUGUUACAAAUCUAUUGUCGUCGAAGCAGGCACAAAAAUACGCUGGCACAAAUCUGGAAGCCAUGAAAGCGGUCGCACGAGCACACUCUAACCGGUCACUGGAAGAAUAUGAGCAGGCACUAUCUAAUUACCGUUAUGAACUCGGUAGCGACGUGUUCAUCCGGAAUCAUCUUCGACGGCUGUACGAUGCGAUGUUGGAACAGAACCUUAUCAAGGUGAUUGAGCCUUUCAGCAAGGUUGAAAUCGAUCAUGUGGCAAAGAUGGUCGGCCUUGAUGUGCAGCAGGUGGAAAGAAAACUGUCCCAAAUGAUCCUCGACAAGGUCAUCGUUGGCGUCCUGGAUCAGGGAGAGGGAUGUUUGAUCGUGUAUGACGAGGUGGAAAGAGACGCCGGCUACGACGCGGCUUUGGAGACCAUCGAGAAGCUGAGCAACGUCGUCGACGUGCUCUAUACCAAUCAGGCUGCGUUGCUAGAGUAG